AUUUCCAAUCUCCUUCUCUGCAAAUUCUUCUUCAAACUAGAGAAAAAAACAACAACAAUGGAUUACGAUUACAGAAACAAGUCUGGUCCAUCAUACCCUCGACCUAUGUACGGACCUCCGUCAACAUCUCCUUCUCCAGCAUCUAACCAUCCUAUGUACGGAUACCCUAAGAUCGGUCAACAAACCGGUCACGGUCAGCAACUUUUCCCUCCGCCGGAGAGAAACUCUUCGUUUCAACAUAACACUUCUCCCUCAUCUGGAUUAGGAAUCAAGGUGAAUUUGAAGCCUGAGUAUCGGAUUACUCCGCCUCCUCAGUUGUUGCCUCGAGUUGGAGAUAUUCAUCGGAGUAGUUUUCAGUUCGAUUUCGGUUUAGAGAGGAAAGUUCUUGCUGAAGCAGAGAAGGAUAAUCCAGAUUGGAGUAAAUUCGGGAGCGAUAAUCCACCAGCUAAGUUUCUGGAACCAACACCUUCUUCAGUGGGUGUAGAUCCUGUAGUGAUGAAAUAUGCUGCGUCUGGGCUCAACAGAGAAGCUGUCAACAUUGCAGUUGCAAACUAUGGUGAUAAUCCCACAAAGGUUCAAGAAUUUGCAAAUGGUUUCACAGCGAUACGGGAGAUGGGAUUUCCAACAAACUCAGUCGCAGAUGCUCUGUUCAUGUUUGAGAACGAUACCGAAAAAGCAUUGGCACAUUUGCUCCAUGGUUCUUCCUAAAUUUAGCUUUCAACUUUUAUCCUAUAGUUUAUUCAAGUAAACAUCAAGUUUGAUA